AUGCUGCCUCCCAUCCCCGUCCUGGCCGACUAUGGGAUCUCGCCUACCCAUGGCUUCCUCCCCGACGUCCUCCCCCUGACUCGGCUGCCGGACCCCUACUAUAACAAGUGGGAGGCCGUCAUUGCCAACCUGCAGGGCCUCAUUCUCAGCAAGCGGCUACGUGGCGUCGUCGAUCGCCUACCCGUGCUCUCCACCAUCGGUCUGGAACAUGACGCAGAAUGGCGCAGAGCCUACGUCCUGCUGUGCUUCAUGGCCCACGGCUACAUCUGGAGCGGUGACAGCCCCAGUGACCGUCUGCCACCCUCCAUCUCGGUGCCCCUGCUCGAGAUCUCAGAGCACCUUGAGGUGCCCCCCGUUGCCACGUACGCUGCUGUGUGCUUGUGGAACUUCAAGCCGCUGUUCAUGGACGAAGGCAUCGACCAUCUCGAGAACUUGGCCUCGCUCGUCACUUUCACUGGUGGGAUCGACGAGGCUUGGUUUUACCUGGUCUCAGUCGCCAUCGAAGCCCGCGGCGGACCCAUCAUCCCGCUCAUGUUGACCGCCAUCGCAGCGGCCCGGGAGAAUGACUCGGCUGUUGUCACAAGCUGCCUGGCCACCUUCGCCGAGCGCAUUGACGACCUCUCGACGCUACUAUCCCGCAUGCAUGAAAGCUGCGACCCCCACAUCUUUUACCAUCGUAUCCGCCCCUUCUUGGCCGGAAGUAAGAACAUGGCCGAUGCGGGCCUCCCCAACGGCGUCAUCUAUGAAGACGGCUCCGGCACGGAAACCUACCGUCAGUAUGCCGGUGGCAGCAACGCUCAGAGCAGCAUAUUCCAAUUCUUCGAUGUGGUCCUCGGCAUUGAACACCGGCCCACGGGUGAGAAGAAGCCAACGGCGGAAUCACAAAACGAGCGCCAUGCUCGUGGCCGCGCCCCGCCAUCAAACCAUAACUUCAUCAUGGAGAUGCGCAAGUACAUGCCAGGUGCGCACGCGCGUUUCCUCGGCGAUGUCCAGGCUGUCGCCAACAUCCGCGACUAUGUCGAGCAGCACCGCGACAACCGCCCGCUCGUCGUCGCCUACGACGCGUGCUUGUCCAUGCUGCGCAGCCUCCGCGAUCGCCACAUCGCGAUCGUUUCGCGCUACAUCGUCAUCCCGUCCCGCGAGGUCCGCGCGCGCAGCCGUAGCCCUGAGGCCACUCGCAGCGGCAUUGCCAAAGUGAACCUCGCCACAGCCUCGCGUCAGCCGGCCCAGCGGCCCCGACCGACGGGGAUUGCUUACCAUCCGGACGAUAACACCCCGUCGCAGCAGGACGGAUCCGCGCCCGCUAAAAAGAACCUCACCGGCACAGGUGGCACAGCACUCAUUUCGUUCCUGAAACAAGCGCGCGACGAGACCGGCGAGCCGGCCAUCCAGGAUUGGACCAAGCGCUUCAUGACCCGGCAGCCCCGCGUUGAAGGCCAAAAUGAUUUCUUUGCCGGCAAGCCGGAGGAUGGGGCCGGCAGUGAGGUGUCUGUUACGGCGACCGAGGAGGUGACCGUGCAGGGUCUGGCGGGAAGCUGGACGAUGGACGAUGAUGUCGGUGGGAUUUGCAAUUACUAG